CGAGAAGCCGGGAAACGAGGAGCCGGGAGCCGGGAAAGGAGCAGCUGGGAGCCAGGCUGUCCCCGGACCUGGGGCCGGGUCCCGGCGUGCGGCGCCCCCGCUGACCCCGCUGAUCCCGCUUCCGCUUCCCUGGGGCAGGUGGCGGCCCGGGCGCGCCGCCCGAGCAUGCUGUACCUGGUGGGGCUGGGCCUGGGGGAUGCCAAGGACAUCACGGUGAAGGGGCUGGAGGCCGUGCGGCGCUGCCGCAGGGUGUACCUGGAGGCCUACACGUCCGUGCUCACCGUGGGCAAGGAAGCGCUGGAAGAGUUUUAUGGGAAAGAAUUGAUUUUGGCUGACCGAGAAAUGGUGGAACAAGAAGCAGAUAGCCUUUUAAAAGAAGCUGAUGUUUGUGAUGUUGCAUUUCUUGUGGUUGGUGAUCCUUUUGGGGCCACGACACACAGUGAUUUAGUGCUACGUGCAGUAAAAUUGGGGAUUCCUUACAAGGUCAUUCAUAAUGCUUCAAUAAUGAAUGCAGUGGGCUGCUGUGGUUUACAGUUAUAUAAUUUUGGAGAAACCGUUUCCAUAGUGUUCUGGACAGAUACCUGGAAGCCGGAGAGCUUCUUUGACAAGAUUGAGAAGAACAGGCAGAAUGGAAUGCACACCCUGUGCUUACUUGAUAUUAAAGUGAAGGAGCAGUCUCUGGAGAAUCUCAUGAAAGGAAGAAAGAUUUAUGAGCCACCACGCUACAUGAGUGUGAAUCAAGCUGCAGAACAGCUUCUUGCCAUUAUUCAAAAUAGAAGGUUCCAAGGAGAAAAACCAGAAAUUACUGAAAACACAAUUUGCGUUGGCCUUGCUCGUGUGGGUGCUCUGGAUGAGAAGAUUGCUUCAGGCACAUUACAGCAGAUGUCCACUGUGGAACUGGGUGCUCCACUACAUUCCUUAAUUGUUACAGGCACUAUGCAUCCUCUGGAAUUGGAAAUGCUGAAACUUUUCUCUGUAGACAGUUCCAGUUUUGAAAAUAAUGCAUGUCAAAGGACUACUUAAAUAAAAAAGAGGCAUUUACAUUUUUAUUCCAUCUUUAAUUGCAUAACAGCAAAAAAUAUUGCUGUGACUAUUUAAGACUUGUCUAAUGGUAGUUAGACUCCACAUUGCUUCAGAGGACAACACUGCAGGAACAUGGACCUGCUUUUACCCGAGGCUGCAAACUGCAUCUGCUGGUAUCAGCUUCUACCCUGCAGACACCUCCACAAGCUUCUAAACCUUUGAUUCAGGUCAUUGGUAUCUUGGGCUUCUGACUAGGAUAAGAGUACCAGGUAUCUGUGUGGCAUCACUUGCUGUAGUGCAUUAACCAAACCUACUGCAUACAUUGUAAGUGCAUUAAAUGUUAAAUUUUGCCUCUCAACUUUGCAGAAAUUCAGUUCUCUUUCCAAUAGAAAACAUUAGUAUGCAAAACCUGUUAGGUCUGUGUCCAUCUUUGCCUUGAGAGAGCAAAUACAGACAGUGAGAAUGCUCUAAACCAGAGAAAACCAAGAACUUUCCGUUUGGACAGCUGGUGAAGAAGGGAAGAGGCUGCACAAAAUUUCUUAGUUCAGAAGAUUGCAAUUUAAACUAGAAUCUGAUUUCUUCAUAUGUUAAUGCAGAAAUUUAUGCAUUUUAGCAUUUAUGAAGGGCUAGACAUAACUGCAGCAACCACAGUUAACCUCAGGCCAAGUCUUAGCAAACAGACUGCAAGAAUUCUUUUUAAAAAUCAGCUUGUAGAUGAUGGUGGUUGCUAUUUCAACUGUUGUUAACAGUAUGAUGAAAACAAAGCAGACC